GAGACCUCCGGCAGCCAGGGGCGGCCCGCCCCCUGGCCCCUCCUUCCAGCUCUCGGGCGCGCCUUGGCGGGAAUUUCACCUGUUUCCGGUUUAGGUCGCGCGAACUCGCCUGCAGUAGCAGUGAUCUCUGGACGCGGACCUCGGGACUGGAAGUGUGAGCGGGACAUGAAGUAAAUAAUGAACGACUGUUCUUUUGGAUCAACGUUCCUGACCGACAGUUUAGAGCUGGAACUGAAGACAGAGUGGUGCAGUCCCCCUUGCUUUUCUUGUGCUUUUGACAACAGAGGAGGCAAAACUUUUUCUGGAGAGUCCUACCUUGCUAGUGGAGCUCUUAAGCGAUUACUUUUGAAUCUUGAUCCUUUACCAACUAAUUUUGAAGAGGAUACAGUAGAAAUAUUUGGCAUUGAAUGGGUUACUGAGACAGCAUUAGUAAAUUCUUCUAGAGAACUUUUUCAUUUAUUCAGGCAACAGCUAUAUAAUUUGGAAACCUUACUACAGGUUAACUGUGAUUUUGGGAAAGUAUCAACCCUACACUGCAAAGCAAACAAUAUUAGACAGCAGUGUAUAGUAUUUCUCCAUUAUAUUAAGGUUUUCAUCUUCAGAUGCCUCAAUGUACAGCAUGCUGAGAGUCACAUUCCUGUCCACCGCUAUGAGAAUUUGGAGGCUCAGCUUCCCUCUGUGCUGGUUGAUGAACUUCAUGGAUUACUUUUGUAUAUUGGACAUCUAUCUGAACUUCCCAGGAUUAAUCCAGGAGCAUAUGUAAAUCAAAACCAAAAUAAGCUUUUCCCACCAUCAUGGCAUUUACUACAUCUCCAUUUAGAUAUCCAUUGGCUGGUACUAGAAAUUCUUCAUGUGCUGGGUGAAAAACUGAAACAAGCUGUAUAUGGUCAUCACUUUAUCAAUCUGGCAGGUGACAAUUUAACCAAUGUCAGCCUAUUUGAAGAACAUUGUGAAAAUCUUUUAUGUGAUUUAAUAAGCCUGUCACUCUGCAGGUAUGACAAGAUUAGACCUUCUGAAGCAUUAAUGAGUGAUCAUUGUCCUUGUUCAUGCAUGAAAGAAUUAUGGGUUCUACUCAUACAUAUUCUAGACCACAGACGUAAAUGGUCUCUCUCAGAAUCAUUUUGGAACUGGUUGAAUAAAAUACUUAAAACACUCUUUGAAACAUCAAGUGAAAGAAGAUCGUCUAUGCCUGUAAUCAAGUCCAGAGAUCCAUUAGGUUUUAGUUGGUGGAUUAUUACUCAUGUAGCAUCAUUUUACCAGUUUGAUCGCCAUGGGGUACCAGAUAAAAUGAGACAGAUGGAAUCAAAUUGGAACUUUCUGGAAGAACUUCUGAAACGUUCCAUUAGUGUUCAGGAUGGUAUACUAGAAGAACAAUUACGAAUGUAUCUCCACUGUUGUUUAACACUUUGUGAGUUCUGGGAGCCAAACAUUACAGUUGUCAACAUUCUAUGGGAAUAUUAUAGUAAAAACCUGAAUAGUUCCUUCACUGUUUCUUGGCUUCCUUUGAAAGGCCUUGUUAAUAUCAGGUCUCCUUUGUCUAUGCUGGAAAUGGUGAAGACUUGCUGUUGUGAAAAACAAGAUCAGGAGCUGUCUAAAUCCUACAGUAGUUAUACCAUUUUUCUUUGCAUAUUGACAAAGGUUAUUAAGAAAGCCAUGAAGAACAACGGUCCUCAUCCUUGGAAACAAGUCAAAGGAAGGAUAUAUUCUAAAUUUCAUCAAAAAAGAAUGGAAGAACUAACUGAAGUUGGACUGCAGAACUUUUUCAGUCUUUUUCUACUGUUAACAGCUAUUGCAGAGGCAGAAGAUGUGGCAAGUCAUGUUUUAAACCUUCUGAAUUUUCUCAAGCCUGCUUUUAUAACAUCUCAGAGAGCCCUCAUUUGGAAAGGUCAGAUGGCAUUCCUUUUGCUAUAUGCCCAGAAAAAUCUGGAUAUUGGUGUUUUGGCUGAGAAAUUUUCAUAUGAAUUCAAAGAAAAAGCAAAGGAAUUCUUGGUAUCUAAGAAAGAAGAAAUGGUACAGAGACAUACUGUCUGGACACUUCUCUCCAUCUACAUUGAUGGUGUUCAAGAAGUGUUUGAGACCAGCUACUGUUUGUAUCCUUCCCAUGAGAAACUGCUUAAUGAUGGAUUUAGUAUGCUUCUUCGAGCCUGUCGAGAAUCUGAAUUUAGGCCAGUGUUGAGCUUUCUACAAGCUAUUCUGGCCAGAAUCAGGCGCAUUCAUCAACAAUUGUGUCAGGAGCUUCAGAAGGAGAAUGUAGACCUAGUUAUGCAGUCUUCAUUACUGGCUAAAGAGCGCCACCUUGCUGCGAUUGCCAGUGCACUGUGGAGACAAUUCUUUUCAUUUUUGAAGAGCCAGAGAAUGGCAGAGAUUGUGCCUCUCUCACAACUUGUAGAUGCAGCUGCAGAUUUUACUUUGCUGGCAGUGGAUAUGCCGGGCACAGCCCCAUCAGAUCUUCAGCCUCAGCCAGCUGUAUCAAUAAUUCAGCUUUUUGGUUGGGAUGAUAUCAUCAGGCCCCAGGUUGUAGCAAGAUAUUUAAGUCAUUUACUACAAAAUAGCACAUUAUGUGAAGCACUUUCUCAUUCAGGAUAUGUAUCUUUUCAAUCCUUAAGUAUAAGAUCAUGGAUCCGUUGUGUUUUGCAAAUGUAUGUAAAAAACCUCUCUGGUCCUGAUGAGUUGUUCAUUGAUACAAAUCCUGAACAGGCAGUUGAAAAAGACUAUAUGGAUCAGCUGGCUGAACUGACAAGGUUAAUAUUUAAACUCUCAGAAGUAAAGAAUAUUUUCUCAAAGGCUCAAGUUGAAUGUUUACCCAUCCCUGAAGACCCUAAAAGUGCACUUGUUAAGUUCUUUGAGGCUGUUGGUAUAACUUAUAGGAAUCUCCAGACACUUUCUGAUAAAUCUUCCAUGGUCACAAAGUCCUUAGAAUACCUUGGUGAAGUAUUAAAAUACAUAAAACCUUACUUGGGAAAAAGAAUUUGCAGUGCAGGGCUGCAGCUGACUUAUGGGAUGAUGGGGGUUCUUGUUAAAUCAUGGGCACAAAUGUUUGCCACCUCUAAAGCCCAAAAAUUGCUGUUUCGAAUCAUAGAUUGUUUACUGCUGCCACACACAGUAUUACAGCAAGAGAAGGAAUUGCCUACAGCUAUGUUGACCGCGAUUCAGAAGAGCCUCCCUUCAUUUCUCCAGGGCAUAAGUAUUGUGUGCUGUCAGUCUCAAAAUGCAAAUGCCUACUUAAAUCAAUUGCUAGGGAAUGUUAUUGAACAGUAUAUUGGGCGGUUUCUCCCAGCCUCACCACAUGUUGCAAGCCUUAGACAACAUCCUGUUUUGUUGGCACUAAGGAAUUCAGCCAUUGUUCCAUGGAUAUCAUCUCUGAAGAAAUGCAUCAUGCAAGUUAUAAGGAAAUCCUACUUUGAAUAUAAUGGGUCUGCUCCCCCUCCUCGCUUAGCGUCCAUUUUGGCCUUCGUCCUCCAAAUCUUCAAGGAAACUAAUAUAGACAUUAGUGAGGUUGAACUACUCCUUCCUGGCAUCCUAAAAUGUUUGGUGUUGGUCAAUGAACCCCAAGUUAAAAGGCUGGCCACAGAGAACCUACAAUACAUGGUAAAAGCUUGCCAAGUGGGGUCAGAAGGAGAACCUGCCACCCAGCUGACUUCUGUGUUUAGGCAGUUUAUCCAAGAUUAUGGAAUAAGAUACUCUUAUCAAGUUUACAGCAUUUUAGAGACAGUAACAGUACUGAAUCAGCAAGUUGUCAUCCACUUGAUUACUACCCUCACUCAAUCUCUGAAGGAUUCAGAACUGAAGUGGGGUCUUGGCAAGAAUAUUGAACAAAGGGAAACCUAUAGAAAACUUUUAUCUCACCUAGGACAGGUGGGACAACAUGAGAUACAGAGACUGGAAAGUGACAGUACAUAAUGUAUUUUAUGACUUAUCCUGUCUGUUGAGUAUCACUGACUACAGCCACUUUGUACUACUCCAACUCCUACUUUAAUUAAUUGUAUUGUUUUCUGUUAAGUUAAUUUCUAGGAUCUUUUCCUUAUAUACCUGUAAGUAUAAAGUAUACAAAUAAGGAAAUGAAAGUUAAUUAGUAACUGUGUAAUAGGAUCCUUGGAACUUUACAAAAUUGCAAUCUAAUACAGAAGUUUUUUCUAACUAUAAGUUAUUUCUGUAUAUGAAUGUUAAACAGAUUUGUGUUGGUCCAUCCAUGGACUUUUUAUUCUAAUGUGAUUUUUGUCCUUCUGCCUUGUGAUUGGUUUGUUAGCUUGUUUUUAAGGCUUUUUGUUUUACUAUAGUACUUUUUCGAAAUACUUCACUGAACUUUUCCUAGAAUUUUGUUGUUGGGGGUGCAGAGAAAUGUCAGAAUAUGGGACUGUAUUUGUUUUCUUUUGUUAAUAUGUGAGGGAAGUUAAUGAACCAAACCAGUACAAAGCUUACUUAACUCUUAGCAAUCAGAGCCUCACUAAAGGAUUAUACAGAUAAUAUCUUUUUAAAAGUUAUAAACUUAUACCAGUAGUAUUUAUACCUAUUUUAGUUUCCAAGAAUCACCAGAUUUUUCUCCUCAUUAGGGGUUAUUAUCAAAGAGUGUAUCGGGAGGAAGAACUGGAGAGCCUUAAAGAAAAUAAAAAUGAUAUUCUAGAAACUUAUUGAGAUUACUAGUAACAGAAGCCUGAGAGGUCAGCAGAUCUAUCUCCUUGGUCUUACAACUUGGCAUCAUAUAUGUUUAUAGAGAACCUGUAAAUAUUAGCAGCUGUUCUUCUCAGCUUAUCUGAGUUCUCCACUUUUCCAGUUAGCCCUGACUCCUUUUUGUGGUGACCAUUUUUUGGUAGAAGGAACUUCAGUUCUGGAGUUAGGAAUCCACAUGCCUCUCAAGCCCAGCCCUGUCUGUGACCUUCAUCCAGUUGCUUACCCUUUCUGAGCCUAUUUCCUUCACAGAGGAAAAAAAUCAUUUUUUAAAAUUUCAUAAUGAGCCAGGUGUGGUGGCGC